CCGGCAGCAGAUCAAACGUUCGGAAGUGCCAAUUGAACAUAGGAAAAUUCAGUCUCUUUCAAGAUACCCCUCAUGGACACAGACGGCGACCGCAGUGGCUUGGAAUCCAGGCCGGGAGAAGUCACGCAGGAUAUUACCGUUGAGCAUACAGAACCGCCCGAAAUCCCGACCAUACGCGACCCGACGCGUAAAAAACGCGAGAAGGACACUACACAAUUGCAGAGGGACCCCGGGAAGAGCUUGUUUCCGGUCGCGCGUGUACAACGCAUCUUGAAGGCAGACAAGGAACUUCCAAUGAUUGCAAGGGACGCCGUGUUUCUCAUUUCGCUGGCCACGGAGGAGUUCGUCAAGCGACUGAGCGAAGAGGGGCAGAAGGCUGCCGAACGCAGCCAGCGAACGACAGUGCAGCAGCGCGACAUCGCCACUGUGGUCCGUAGAGCAGACGAGUUCGUGUUCCUAGAAGAAAUUAUCUCAUGGGCGGAGCCAACAGCAGCUCCAGCCCGUCGUAAACCGAAGGCUCUCGAGGAGGGCCCCGCCGGGGAGGGAACCAUGCUUGACCACUUCGUAAAGCAUCCACAAACCACGGCCAAUGAAGACGUUCAGAAUCAAGAUGACGACGUAGUCCUUAACGAAGAUGGGACGAUGGGCAUGGCCACCGAAGACUAGUCAUUAUGGAGCACCUUGCAACGUGCUACGUAUUAUCGCUUGAAUGCGGGUUGUCUACACUACCUCAUUAGUGCCGCCCAUCUUCCGCCUGGUCGCCCUUGCACGCCGUCCCAGGGAUCAACUGCUGCUACCUCGGUCCUACAUGCACAUUCAUAACUUGCUGCGGAUCCUCUCCACGAGGCCUUCAGCCUCUUCCUCGUCGAGCUCUUCACGCGCUUCAAACUCCCUCUGAUGCAUCUCUUGAUGUGAUAGACGUUGCUCCAGCCGCCCCGUUCUCCUCGCUUCCCUUGAUAUCGGCGAGAUUUUCGACGAGGACUGGAACGUCGGUGCUGGCACAAUGUGGUAAUGGACCUAGCCAAUAGUCAAAAAAGGGAUAAUUGGAACAGACCGAAGUGCCCACAUGUGGUACAGCUUGCGCGUAUUCCUGAUUGCAAACGACGUUAAGAGCGGUGUUCUCCAUGGCUAAAGCAUCGCGCGUCCGCUAUCAGUCACCGCAUAUCAAACACGUGUUGGCCUGGUGCGCAAAACAUCAACAAGCUGCCAAGUCACAAUAAAUGCUCCACCCCGCGACUCACUUACCCUCCGUCAAGGCCUUGGCCACCCGUGUAACGGCUUCGCCUACGGCGCCCGCAUACUCGACCGGCAGUUCGCUCAGACGCGACACGUGUGUCUUGGGUAUCACCAACGUGUGCCCCGGGCGCAGAGGGAGGAUAUCGAGGACAGCUAUGACCAGAUCUGUCUCGUACACUCGGUACGCGGGCAGAUCGCCCGCAAUGAUGCGGCAGAACGGGCAGUUGUCGGAGUGCGGUUCGGCGGUGAGGGAGGGCUGCCAGCUAUCGGGGACAUCGCGGUCUUGGUGUGCCGCGAUGAUGAAGGAGGUCAUUGUCGAGUACAAAUAACAAUAG